AUGGGCAACUCCCUCGCAAAAAAAACGCCUCUCAUCAAAGGGCUGGAAUCGCUAUUGUCCCCCAAGCACCAUGCUGGCACCUACAGUGGAAUCACAGAGCAUUCCCCUCAAGCUCAGGUCGAGGAAGCCGCCUCUCGAUUGCAACAGGAUACAUUCAUCGACACGAUCAUCAGUGUAGGCGGUGGCUCACCGAUGGAUAGUGCCAAGAACAUCACAUGUCGUACACGAAUCCACAGGACGAUGGCUAUCGCACAUCACAAUCCCGACAACAUUGUCAGCAGGCGAAUGUACACCAGGCGCGGGAUUUACACGGGCAGACGGCAUUAA